GUGUUUCAGUUAAACACUUAAAAAGGAACGUAUGUUUUCGAAAAUUUAAAUUAAUAUUUGCCCAAAUGCUGCCAGUAAAAAUGGUUGUACUUAACACUUUUCAUGCCAAUACACAUCUAAACAAUAGUUUGCGAAUCAACAUUACACAUAAAUAAUUCUCAUCUAUUUAUUGCUGACAGCUGAGAGUCAAUGUAAACCUAAUUAGUGGUUUAAGUGAGAAUCAACACAUACACAAAAUUCUUCCAACUGUUUUAAAACUACAAACACACGGACACACACACACUGCUGAAUAAAACUAGCUUAUGAGCAAUACAGUUUAUAUUGUAACCGGAAGUACGCUCAUAACAAAGUGUCAUGUAUUCCGGAACGAAGCAAAGCAACGCGCAGAGCGCGAUUUCACUGUUCGGCGUACAUCACGAACUUUGCGCCAACCCAAUAAAUAAACCUGAGCAGCUUGCAUUCAGCGCAGUAUGCUUUUGUUCUGAAUACAUCCCGCAUUCGAGCUCUCUUUUACAUGCAUGAGCUUACAACCUCUGAUGAGCAUCCGUACUGUUCGGCAUGAAAGUGAACGCCAUUUAUUUUAACAUGCAGCGUUUCAUCGCAUGAGUAAAACCGGCGUGUAACCCUAAAAUUCUAGAGACUUAGGGUCAGUUUAAAUCUGCAUGUCCGAUGGUGAAGUUCGCUGCCUGUUGAAGUCACUGCAAUAUUUAUUUAAUAGAAUGGAUCGACCGUUAAUAUGCAACGGUUUGUCAUUGCCGAGUUUUAUUUUCCAACAUAGCGCUUUCGUACAGUUUUGCUUCGUAAUUGUGUAAAAUUGUGUGAACAGUGGAAUUAGUUUUGUGCAAAAUAUGAUCACAUGUUAAAAGGGCGUAUCAACAGAAGUGCUAUGAAUUUUUGUGCAGAAUAAAACUAAACCUCACUAGAGCAGAACGUUUUGCAAUGUUUAUGUGCGGACAAGCUGGAAAUCUUCGCAUUUUUCUGUUUAAAUACGCAUUGUGUUAAACAGGAUAUCAGUGUUAUAAUUCAAGGUCAGUUUUCUUCGACAAAGUUGAGAUGUGCUACGAUAGUGGUGCUUUUUAACGUAACCGGUGCGACACCAAACCGGUGAAUGUAGCAUGCUUCUUUACUGUAAAUGUAAGUAAAUGAAAAUAUUUAAUCGACAAUACUGGAGCAUAGAAUAGUUCUGUGUAUGAAAUAAAUGUUAUUAUUACAAGCAAACAACGCCACACAAAAUCGCCAUCAGCCGUCAUCUCCCCCUAUUGCAAUAACAAUAGCUCGGUAAAGUCAGAACCGCUCAACCGAAUGAACCGCCGCUGCAGCAACAUUCAUUGUCACUCUAGAAGCUAGUGAUUGGACCAGAACCGAAAACAGACCAACGUAUAACAUGAGACAAAACUGUUUUUUUUACCUUUUUCCUCCCUACUAAAACGUGGCAUCGGUCUUUUAUUCUCAUGCUAAUGAUCAAUCCGGAAUUAACUUGUGUAGUGUAGUGAGUGACCUGGCUAGUGAUAUUACCACAUGUUGGAAAAAAAAUAAUGCGUAAAAUCGUACAACUUCGAAGAGCUCUUCCGUAUAGCUGUUAUUGGAACCAUUAAAUUGAACGUCAUAAUCUUCUCGGCAAUCAGAAAAGUCAUUUGAAAAGAUAGGAUAAUAAAAAGCAUAUUAGAUAGCAGGAUUGAUAAUCUUCAAUUUUACAUCAAACAUGGUUUGAGCAUUUAUUUGCUUAGCAUGUUUUGCAAUAGUUGUUACGUUUUAGAAUAUGUGUUUGGUUCAUUUGUAUUUUAAGUAAGCUUUUUUGUAUUGAGAAUGACCAUUGAAAACAAGAUUGUAUAAAUAUGCUAAAACUUAUGUACUAUGAUAUACAUAUACGACACAUUUUUUUUUAACUGGUGUAGUAACUGUGAAGUUUUCCAGACUAUUAACCUAAACUUUAACCUACCAAACAUCUCCUGGAUCACCUGGAGAAGAUUCCAAUUCACUGCCCGAUCACAAGCAAGACAGUAAAUAAACAAGUAUGACAACUUGUACGAUAAUGAUAAAAAGGAUUGCUAAAUGAGUCAGGAGAAACAAAUAAAAAAUGAUUUCUUAUUCGAUUGGCGGGUUGCAAAAACUUUUUCCUGGGGAAUUUCUAUGAAUCAUAGUGGGAAACUGUUUAAUUGUUGGACUGUUCGUAUCAUUUUACUGAUCUAAUUAGGAUGGUAUAAAAUGAUUAGAAAACCAAUUUGCUAUAUGCGACUUUAAAAAGUCGCUAGGAUGCAUUUUAUUUUCCAUUGCUUUAUUUUUAUAUAUAAACCAUACUGAUUUUGAUCUCUUUUUGAUUUUAUUUUGCAGGUUUCUUUCAGUAGUAAUCAACUAACGUUAUCCUUACGAUGGCAACUAGAACUAGGGUAAUUGUACUUAAGGCGCUUUCAAUUUGGACUAUUAUGCUUUCAUGUAAACUUACUGUAAGUCAAACUCAGGAUGCAACAAUCGUGCUUAGCCAAGGAACUCUUAUAGGGCUGAAAGUAUUUCCUGAAACAUCACGGAUACCCAUCUACACCUAUCUUGGUAUUCCAUACGCAAAGCCACCCGUCAACGAACUACGGUUUACCCCACCAGUACCGAGCCCCGGUUGGAAUAGAACACUAUACGCUCGAGAUUUCAAACCAAUUUGUCCACAAAUCGAAAAUAGUAGCUAUGAAGAUUUAGGAAGCGAAAAUCAGUUCCGAUCACGUGAAACUAGUGAGGAUUGUCUUUACUUGAACAUAUGGAUUCCCGAAACAGCAAUACGCUAUGGAGGGUUUCCGGUGCUGGUAAUGAUCACCGGCGAGGAAAUGGGAUUCGACUGGAACGCGAACCGUGCAAGCGGUCUUGACCUUGCAGCUGAUGGUAUCAUCGUGGUGACGGUGCAGUACCGAAGUAAUGUGUUUGGAUGGUUGUCGCUGGGUCAAAAAUAUGCACCAGGAAAUCUUGGACUACUAGAUCAACAACUGGCGCUCGUCUGGAUAAAGGAUAAUAUACAAAAGUUUGGCGGCGAUACAAAUCGUUUGACGUUGCUCGGACAUGGUACGACCGGUGGACCAAAUGUGAUGAUUCACAUGGUUAGCCCACGCGCUAGGGGACUUUUUGCCCGUGCAAUAAUAAUGUCUGGCACGAUCUUUUCUCCGUAUUCCGAGGUGAAUGCUGAUGUCAAACUGUCGCAAGAGAUUGUUAAAAUUUUAGCAUGCAAUUAUGACGUUGGAAGAAACGUACUGAAAUGUCUACAGCAGAAAAGUAUACACGAUCUCCUUCGAGCCUAUGAAUACAUCUAUCGUAAUGGAAAUUAUACGAUCAAUCUUGGACCAAUUGUAGACAACUAUCUAUCUCCUGCAGAACGUUACAUUAUCAAAGAUCCUCGAAAGUUGUUUCAAGCCAAGGCGCUCUUUAUGGAGGACAUGCCCAUUCUUUUCGGUAUAACUAGCAAUGAAGGUGGAUUUUUGUACAGCAAGUGGGUUGAACUCGCUCGUCAAAGUAUAGAUUCCCUUAAGAAAUAUAUCAACGAUACGCUGCUGCCCAACAUCAUCGAACGAUACGACUUUCAAGGAAUUGGACAAGAUCAGAUACGCGAAACCAUCAAUUGGCGUUACUUUGAUCAAAUCCCUCAAACAACUGCACAUCAUAUACACGCUAUUAUUAAAAUCAUAUCUGAAACACGUUACGAAAUACCGUUCUACAGAACGCUCCAGGCUUUAAGUUUCCAAAACCAAACAGCUAGCCCACCCAGUGCGGUUAACAAACACGUGGAAAAUGAAUUCGAAAGUGCAGAAAAUAAUGCCGACAAGCGAAAUAACAUUAGCAGAUCGUACGUGUAUCUUUUCCAUCAUCCAAAUUCAAUGGACAUGAGAGGAAAGAUUAACUUCUUUGGAGGAGCAUCUCAUUCGUCAGAUUUACCUUUCCUUAUGGGACCGAGUCUCUACAGAGAAAUUGGUCGCCGACGAUUAUCACUAGUGGAAGACAAGCUGUGCAAAAAAAUACGUUCGCUAUUUACAGAGUUCGUCAAAGGCGGCAAUCCAACCCCCGGACGGCAAUUCGAUUCCUGGAAACCGUACAGCAACGAACUCAAGCACAUUAAAUUGAUUUCCGCAAAACCAGAGUCAUUUCAUCGAAACGAUCACACUUCAUUGGAAAACACAUUUGAGGAUAACUUGCAGGAAAUUGAAGAAAAAAUCAUUGGCACUGUAGACGCACAAGAGCCAGCUUCUAAUGUUAAUACGUCCAGGAACCCGUAUAACCUAAACCCCAACAUACAGGCCGAUCAAGAAAACUCGAGAACUUCAAAAAACGCAGUCUUUCUCGCCAGUGCAAGAGAUUCGGAAUAUUUCUACUAUCUUCGAAAAAUGGACAGCUUCUGGGGCCAAUUUCUUCCCAAACUCAGUCAAAUAAUGAAUGAAACUAAUCACGAAAAGUUACGUAACCGUCGAAUUGAUCUCACGCUGGAAGAAGAGCAGGAUCUGUUCCGCGAAACCGCUGCUGCAUCCAAAUACAAGCAUGCCUUUUUCUCUAUGCUAACCUUGGUCUGUAUGCUAUUGGCUGUGCUUUGCAUCCUGUUCGAUCGGAAGAAUCGACGUAAAAAACCUGACGUAAGCAGCAUGGGCGAUGAAGACGAAAUUAACGUUACAGCAAUCAGCCAUCACCGAAUCAAGACAGCGGAGCGCGUGAUACGAACAAACCCACUUUAUGGCGACAAUUUUCGCAAACUAAGCGAAAGCCUUAGCUCGGGCACAGGAGAUAGUAGCGGUGUAAGUGCCAGUAAUCGGAACGUUUUAGGAACGCACCGAUCUCCGCAUACGAUGAGAAUGGAACGGCCUGUUGCUAUUUUGACCGAUUUAGAUGAAGAUCUAGAAGUAAGCAACUGGCGUUAUCAACUAUCGGCAAGUCAUUUCUCGCCGAAUACUAACACUCGUCGACAAAGACAGCAACAUCCACUGUGAGUAGAACAAACGACAAGUUCGGUUUGAAGAGGUUGGUAUAAAAAUAUACAGAAUUAGACAAGUCAACAGUUCCUAGUUGCAAUCAAAAUUUUAUAUUGGGCAGUAAGCAAAUUCACCUAAGUUUUAAAAAUUGGGACAGUUUUGAACACAUUGUAAUAUAUUAUGUAUUAUCUAAAGCGUGCAAUAAAUUUUGAAAAAGAUU